AGGCUACAUUGAUUCAUUUAGCAGUUUAUCUAACAGAACAUAAUGUGGGUAAAUGUUACUGAACUAUAACCUAAUAGUAGCCUAGUCUUUCAUCAGCGUUAGUGAGACGAGUCCUAUAGCGCAAUCGUCGCCCUGCUACAGCUUACUGAUAAGGGCGCAUGACAGUUCUGACUGGUAGCCUAUCACUGCGCUGCCUUCCAACCUUUCUAUGUGUCCGAUAUCGGCGCAUCCACUUGUUGAGUUCAAACAGUCCAGUCAGUGGUAGGCCCACACUAUUUAAAGGGCGGAAACAUGGCACGCGGUUUGGUCAAAGGAGAAUCGGUCGAGUCGGAGAUGCAUAAGUCAGAAGACCAAAGUAAGACCUUUGUUUACACGAAGAAGAGGGGGUAUGAUGUCACACGCAACCCCUACCUCAACAAGGGCAUGGCCUUCUCUCUGGAGGAGCGGCUGCAGCUAGGCAUCCAUGGACUGCUGCCCCCUUGCUUCCUGAGCCAGGACGUCCAGCUGCUGCGGGUGCUGCGCAACUACGAGAUGAAGAAGGACGACCUGGACAGGUAUGUGUUUCUGAUGGGGCUCCAGGAUCGCAACGAGAAGCUCUUCUACAGGGUGCUGACAUCAGACAUCGAGCGCUUCAUGCCCAUCGUCUACACCCCCACCGUGGGCCUGGCCUGCCAGAUGUACGGCCUGACCUUCAGGAGACCCAGGGGGCUGUUCAUCACCAUCCACGACCGCACCCACAUCUCUACCCUGCUGCAAAGCUGGCCGGAGAAGGACAUCCGGGCGGUGGUGGUGACAGACGGCGAGAGGAUCUUGGGGCUGGGUGACCUGGGCUGCUAUGGGAUGGGCAUCCCCGUGGGCAAGCUGGCGCUGUACACAGCCUGUGGAGGCAUGCCCCCGCAGCACUGCCUGCCCGUCAUGCUGGACGUGGGAACCGACAACGAGGAGCUGUUGAAGGACCCCCUGUACAUUGGGCUGAGGCAUAAGCGUGUGCGUGGGCAGGCAUACGAUGAGCUGCUGGAGGAGUUCAUGAAGGCCGUGACAGACAGGUUUGGCAUGGACUGCCUGAUUCAGUUUGAGGACUUUGCCAAUACCAACGCCUUCCGCCUGCUGAGCAAAUACCGCAACAAAUAUUGCACUUUCAACGAUGACAUCCAAGGCACAGCUGCGGUGGCAGUGGCCGGGCUCCUCGCUGCCCUCCGCAUCACUAAGAGCAAAAUGACAGACCAUACCAUUGUCUUCCAGGGAGCGGGGGAGGCUGCCAUGGGCAUAGCUGACCUGAUCGCCAUGGCAAUGGCGAAGGAAGGACUUCCACUGGACGAGUGCCUGAGAAAGAUUUGGAUGGUCGACUCCAAGGGCCUCAUCGUCAAGGGCCGAGACCACCUGACCCAUGAGAAGGAGCGGUUUGCCCAUGAGCAUCCUCAGAUGAAGCACCUGGAGGAUGUGGUGAAGCAGCUCAAGCCCACAGCUAUUAUAGGUGUGGCAGCCAUUGCUGGUGCUUUCACAGAGCAGAUAAUCAGGGACAUGGCAUCUUUUAACGAGCAACCAAUCAUAUUUGCUCUCAGCAACCCCACCAGUAAAGCUGAGUGCACUGCUGAGCAGUGUUACACCAUCACAGAGGGCCGAGGCAUCUUCGCCAGCGGAAGCCCGUUUGACCCCGUGACCCUUCCCGACGGCCGCAAGUUCUACCCCGGCCAGGGCAACAACUCCUACGUGUUUCCUGGCGUGGCUUUGGGAGUCGCAGCCUGUGCCGUCCGAAACAUCACGGACGACAUCUUCCUCACCACUGCCGAGACCAUCGCUGACCUGGUGACAGAAAAAGACCUUGCCGAGGGAAGACUCUAUCCUCCCCUCACCACCAUCCAGGAUGUGUCCUUGAAGAUUGCCGUCAAGGUAGUAGAGUACGCAUACAAGCACAAGAUGGCCACGCUGCGCCCUGAGCCUGAAGAUAAGGAGGCCCUUGUGCGCUCACUCAUCUACAGCACUGAUUACGACGAGUUCGCCGUCGACUCGUACCGCUGGCCAGAGGACGCCAUGACCAUCCAGAGCUGCAAGUUGUGACGGACAUGGUCACCAUGGUCAGGCGACUGGGAAAGAAGGAGAGGAGGAAGUGGAAGAGAAGGAGGAAGAUGAAUUAGCUUUAUCGAUCGUAGCACUGUUUUUACAUGUUCUUAAUGCUUUGUACGUUGGUGUGUGUUGCCCCCUAUCUACCCCGAAGGAAUCUAAAGCAGUUAAUGAGGAAUUAACUCAAUAAAGGUGUUUUUAUUACCA